AUGCGUCUUUCAACCAUCAGUGUUAUUCUUGCUGCCACUCUAGCCGAUGCAUCUUCAUUCAUUAAACCGAAUAACCCCCAACAAAAUCGGGAGCGUGAAUUUCCCGACAGAUGCUAUCCCGAUCCUUGCAAGGGAGUCACCUACCAAAACUCCACUGCUGUCUGCGGUGACCCUCGACUUGGCCCAAAAGACUUCCCAAAGUACUUCCCUCUCGCCAAUGAACUACAGACCUAUUCCCGACUUGGCGAUCUCUGCCCUUACGAGUUCUUGGAGAAAUGGACAGUAAAUGCAUCCGACCCCAAAGCAUACUGGAUCUAUCCAGGAGAGAGUGGCUUUACUGUCAACACGGAGGAUCUUCCUAUUCAAGGCAACAUAACCCUUCCCGUGGGCCAGAAGCUCGAUCGAUUCGGAUCUGAGUACGGAAACUUCAUGGCUCCUCUUGGUGCGCCGUAUAUUGAACGAUCACUGCCCCCAUCCAACUUGUUUGCACCGGAGAACAGCAGCUUCCCUUACAACUACCAUGUGUACGAGGUGACCAAGGAAUUUGUGGCAUUGGUGGGCCCCAUCGCACCUUGGUUUGAGCAGCCCGGAUUUGGAGCGCAGCUUAUGGUUCCGAUGAAGGUGCUUGAUUUAAUUGACCAGGGUUUCUUGAAGAGAUUGGACACUGAGGACUAUGAUGAGGCCGACGAGUACUCUGCUGGAUACUUGCCCGACCCCGCUCAGCCUAAUUCUUCGUAA